AUGCCAACCCCAGAAUCCGCCCUCUUCCUUGCAAAAAAGCCCCAAGUCCCGCCAACCUUCAAAGGAGUAGACUACGCGGAUACGCCACGGCUGAAGGCAGCGCAGGAUGCUAUUAUUAGGGAACAAUGGGUUAAGAGCAUGAUGGCUAGGUUAAUACGGGACGAAUUGGGGAAGUGUUAUAUUAAGGAAGGGGUUAAUCAUUUGGAGAAGUGUGGGGGUCUGAGAGAAAGAUACUUUGAGGCAUUGAAGGAUGCCAAGGUACGAGGGUAUUUGUUUCAGCAGCAGAAUUAUGUUCCAGGGGAUGAGUGA